AUGGCCACCCCUUCGCUGGGCGCAGGCCAAGUCGCCGCCGCCGUUAACGGCCAGGCUCUUCUCUUCCCCCCUGCUACAAGCCCUCCCCUCGGUCAAGAAGACUCUACCGAGAUGGUCCUCGAACUUGCUGACGGCACCGCUUACCGUGGUAUUAGCUUCGGUGCUGAAGGAAAGUCUAUCUCUGGUGAAUGUGUCUUCCAGACUGGUAUGGUCGGCUAUGUCGAGUCCAUCACCGACCCUUCCUAUGAAGGUCAGAUCCUCGUUCUCACCUUCCCCCUCGCUGGUAACUACGGUGUCCCCAGCCGCGAGGAGGCGGCUCAGAGCAUCCAGAAGCUCUUGGUCUCUCCCUUCGAGUCGAGCCGCAUUCACGUGGCCGGUCUCGUCGUCUCGUACUACAGCCACGAAUUCAGCCACUACCUCGCCAAGACCGGUCUUUCGGAAUGGCUCAAGGAGAGCGGUGUCCCAGCCGUCUACGGCAUCGACACCCGAGCUUUGACCAAGAAGAUCCGCAACCAAGGUAGCAUGCUUGGCAAGCUUCUCACUCCUCAGCCCCGUCUUUCCAUUGUUCAGGCUGCUGCCGCUGGUGACUGGCGCGAGGCCGUCGUCGACCUUCCCUUCGCUGACCCCAACGCCGAGAACCUCGUUGCCCGUGUCUCGUGCAAGAAGCCUCAGCUCUACACUCCUGCCAACACUGCCUCGGGCGAGUCCCUUGGCAAGUACGAGGCUCCCCUCCUCCACCCCUCUGGUCGUCCCAUCCGCAUCCUCUGUCUCGAUGUUGGUAUGAAGUACAACCAGAUCCGAUGCUUCACCUCGCGUGGUGUCGAGCUCAAGGUUGUUCCUUGGGAUUACGACUUCCUCACCGAGACUGAGGCCUUUGAUGGUCUUUUCAUCUCCAACGGUCCUGGUGACCCCAUCUCUUGCGGUCCCACCAUCGCUCGCAUCCGCGAGCUUCUUAAGCUCAAGGGUGCCAAUCAGAUCCCCAUCUUCGGUAUCUGUCUCGGUCACCAGCUUCUCGCCCUUGCUGCUGGUGCCCAGACCGAGAAGCUCAAGUUCGGUAACCGUGGUCACAACAUCCCUUGUACCGACCAGAUCAGCGGUCGUUGCUACAUCACUUCCCAGAACCACGGUUACGCCGUCAAUGCCGACACUCUUCCCGUGGGCUGGAAGCCUCUCUUCGCUAACGCCAACGACGACACCAAUGAGGGUAUCUACUGCACCGAGGGUCCUUUCUUCAGUGUCCAGUUCCACCCCGAAAGCACUCCCGGUCCACGUGACACCGAGUUCCUCUUUGACGUCUUCAUCCGCAGUGUCGUUGACUGCGCUGCCGUCAAGAUCGCUCCCGGUGCCACCCCUGCUACCAUCUUGCCUCCCGUCGGUUUCACCGGUGGUCUCCUUGCCGACAACGCCGCCAAGGUACCUCGCGUCAAUGUUCGCAAGGUCCUUGUCCUUGGUUCCGGUGGUCUCUCCAUCGGUCAGGCCGGUGAGUUUGACUAUUCGGGUUCGCAGGCCAUCAAGGCGCUCAAUGAGGAGGGCAUCUACACUGUUCUCAUCAACCCCAACAUCGCCACCAUUCAGACCUCGACUGGUCUGGCCGACAAGGUCUACUUCCUGCCCGUGACCCCCGAGUUCGUGCUCAAGGUCAUCGAGCACGAGCGUCCUGACGGUAUCUACUGCACAUUCGGUGGUCAGACCGCCUUGAACGUCGGUAUCAAGAUCAAAGAUGAGCUCCCAAAGAUGGGUGUCAAGAUCCUUGGUACUCCCAUCGAGACCAUCAUCACCACUGAGGACCGUGACCUCUUCGCCAAGGCGAUGGAGGAGAUAGGCGAGCGAUGUGCCCCCUCUGCUGCUGCCAACAACUGGGACGAGGCUCUCGCUGCCGCUCAGUCGAUCGGUUUCCCCGUCAUUGUGCGUGCUGCCUUCGCUCUUGGUGGUCUCGGCUCCGGUUUCGCCAACAACGUAGAGGAGCUCCGCAAGCUCUGCUCGGCUGCCUUCGCUAACUCACCCCAGGUCCUUGUCGAGAAGUCGAUGAAGGGCUGGAAGGAGGUCGAGUACGAGGUCGUCCGUGAUUGCCGCAACAACUGCAUCACUGUGUGUAACAUGGAGAACUUCGACCCCUUGGGUAUUCACACUGGUGACUCGAUCGUCAUUGCCCCCUCUCAGACCCUCAGCGACGAUGACUACAACAUGCUUCGUACCACCGCCGUCAAUGUGAUCCGUCACCUUGGUGUCGUUGGUGAAUGCAACAUCCAGUACGCUCUCAACCCUCACAAGCGCGAGUACUGCAUUAUCGAAGUCAACGCUCGUCUCUCGCGAUCAUCGGCUUUGGCUUCAAAGGCUACCGGAUACCCCCUCGCUUUCAUCGCUGCCAAGCUCGGUCUCAACAUCCCGCUCAAUGAGAUCCGCAACAGCGUUACUCGCGAGACCAGCGCCUGCUUCGAGCCUUCGCUCGACUACGUUGUCACUAAGUUUCCCCGAUGGGAUCUGCGCAAGUUCGUUCGCGUCAGCAGCAAGCUUGGCUCUUCGAUGAAGAGUGUCGGUGAAGUCAUGAGCAUUGGCCGAACCUUCGAAGAAUCGAUCCAGAAGGCCAUCCGAUCCAUCGACUACCAGCACGAUGGUUUCAGCCAGAACGAGGUCGUCACUGACGACGAGAUUGACGAGGAGCUCAUCAACCCCACCGACAAGCGCAUGUUCGCCAUUGCCAACGCCAUGGCCAAGGGCUACUCUGUGGACAAGAUCCACGAGAUGAGCAACAUCGACCGAUGGUUCCUCAGCAAGCUCAUGCGCAUCAUGAACGCCAGCAAGGUCUUCUCCACGCACAACGCCGCCUCGUUCCCUCCUGCCAUGCUCCGACAGGCUAAGCAGCUCGGUUUCUCGGACAAGCAGUUGGCCAAGUGCCUCAACUCGACCGAGUUGGCUGUCCGAAAGAUGCGACAGGAGCACGCCAUCAUGCCCUUCGUCAAGCAGAUCGACACGGUCGCUGCCGAAUUCCCUGCCUACACCAACUACCUCUACACCACUUACAACGCUGUCGAGCACGACGUCAACUUCAGCGACAAGGGUGUCAUGAUGCUCGGUUCCGGUGUCUACCGUAUCGGUUCGUCGGUCGAGUUCGAUUGGUGUGCCGUGCGUGCCAUCCGAACUCUCCGUCAGCGCGGUUUCAAGACCAUCAUGGUCAACUACAACCCCGAGACUGUCUCGACCGACUACGACGAGGCGGACCGGCUCUACUUCGAGAACAUCUCGCUCGAGACGAUCCUCGACAUCUAUGACACCGAGCAGUCGUCUGGUGUCAUCGUCUCGAUGGGUGGUCAGACUUCAAACAACAUCGCCUUGCCCUUGCACCGACAGAACGUCAAGAUCCUCGGUACUUCGCCCGAGAUGAUCGACAUGGCCGAGAACCGAUACAAGUUCUCUCGUAUGCUUGACAAGAUCGGCGUCGACCAGCCCAUGUGGAAGGAGCUCACCAGUUUCGAGGAAGCUCAGGCUGCCUGCGCCCGCUUCGGCUACCCCGUCUUGGUGCGUCCCUCGUACGUUCUUAGUGGUGCCGCCAUGAACGUCGUCUACUCGCCCGAGGACUUGAACAGCUACCUCUCCCAGGCUGCUGCCAUCAACCGCGAGCACCCCGUCGUUAUCACCAAGUACCUCGAGGGUGCCAAAGAGAUCGAGAUGGACGCUGUUGCCAAGGACGGUAAGAUGAUGAUGCACUACGUCUCCGAGCACGUCGAGAACGCUGGUGUUCACUCCGGUGACGCUACUCUCAUCCUUCCUCCUCAGGACUUGGACCCCGAAACUGUGCGCCGCAUCGAGGUCGCCACCGCCAAGAUCGCCGCAUCGCUCCACGUCACUGGACCCUUCAACAUCCAGUUCAUCGCCAAGAACAACGACAUCAAGGUCAUUGAGUGCAACGUCCGUGCUGCCCGAUCGUUCCCCUUCGUCUCCAAGGUCACUGGUAUCGAUGCCAUCCAGAUGGCUACCGACGUGAUGCUAGACUUGCCCGUCGAGGCCUACCCCAAGGUCGACUUGCCUCGCGACUACGUCGGUGUCAAGGUGCCACAGUUCAGUUUCAGCCGUCUCGCCGGUGCUGACCCCAUUCUCGGUGUCGAGAUGGCUUCGACUGGUGAGGUUGCCUGUUUCGGUCGCAACAAGUACGAGGCUUACCUCAAGGCUAUGAUCGCCUCGGGUAUCCGCCUUCCUACCAAGAACGUCUUGCUCAGUAUCGGUUCGUACAGCGAGAAGCAGGAGUUGCUCCCUUCGGUGCGCACCCUUCAUCAGCUCGGCUUCACCCUCUACGGUUCGUCUGGUUCCGCCGACUUCUACUCGGAGCAGGGCAUCCCUGUCAUCCACCUCGAGUCGUUGCCCGAAGAUGACGAGUCCAAGUUCGAAGACCAGGCCAAGGCUUCGUACUCGCUCUUGACGCACUUGACCCAGGGUCUUUCGUCGCUCUUUAUCUCGCUUCCAAGCAAGAACAAGUACCGCCGACCUGUGUCGUUCACCUCGAUGGGUUACCGCGCCCGUCGAUUGGCGAUUGACCGAUCGAUUCCCCUCAUCACCAACGUCAAGAACGCCAAGCUCUUCGUCGAGGCGCUCGCCCGUCACCGCAAGGCUGGCUCGAGCUUCGACAUCUCGCCUGUCGACUUCAAGACGAGCCACACCGCCUUCACCUUGCCUGGUCUUAUCAAUGUCAACGCCUUCGUGCCCAACAUUGCUGAUGGCAAGGCGAGCGCAGAGGAGCUUGUUGCAAUCACCCGUGCCUCGAUCGCUGGUGGUUUCACCACAAUCCAGAUGAUGCCCGCUGGUGUCUCGUCGAGCAUCGUUGAUGCUACUUCGCUCGCCACUGCUGAGAGCAAGAUUGCUGGUGGUGCUCACUGCGACGUCUCGCUCGGUGUUUCCGCCACUGCCGACAACCACGAGUUGAUCGACGAGCUUGCUGACAGCGCCCGCUCGCUGCUCAUCUCGUUCAACGGUCUUGGCUCCAACAUCAGCAAGGCUGCCACCAUCGCCUCGCACUUUUCCUCGUGGCCUGCAGACCGACCCAUUGUCACUGACGCUCGCAACACCGACCUCGCAUCGGUGCUCUUGCUCGCCAGUCUCAACAACCGAUCGAUCCACGUCACCAACGUUCUCUCGCGUGAUGACAUCCAUCUCAUUGCUUUGAGUAAGGCCAAGGGUCUGCAGGUGACAUGCGAUGUUGCCGUCUAUGCUCUCUUCUUCACCACCGAGAUGUACCCUCAGGCCACCUGCCUCCCUUCGGCCGACGACCAGAAGGCACUCUGGGAGAAGCUCGAGGACAUUGACAUGUUCUCGAUUGGCAGUACCCCUUACCAGCUUGCCAAGGAGAUCGGCGAGGUUGUUGCUCCUCAGUCAGGGAUCGAGGAGACUCUCUUGCUUCUCCUCGACGCUGUCAACGAGCACCGAUUGACGCUUGACGACAUUCUGCUCAGGCUGUACACCAAGCCCAAGGAGAUCUUUGGCGUUCAGGCUCAGGCCAACACUCAGGUUGAGAUCGAGAUUGACCGACCUACCGCCUUUAUCCGCCGAGACUACUGGUCGCCUCUUGAGUCGCGUGCCACUGUUGGCUCAAUCAAUCGUGUCACACUGAAGGGCAAGACCGUCUUCGUCGAUGGCGAGGUUCUCUCGGAUGCUUCGCUCGGUACCAAUGUCAGCAACGUCGCUACUGUUGCCAAGCAGGCCAAGUCGGCUGGUCGCCGAGUCUCGUUCUCGGCUGCCACUGCCGGUGUUUCUUCCAGCUCGGGUGUUGUUUCGGCGCAGGAUACUCCUACAUCGCCACCUCCUCUCUCGUUGGCCAUGAAGUCGCCUGUUCUCGGUGCAAGCGAGCCUGGUCAGCCUCGCAGUAGCAGCUUGAUGGCUGUUUUUGCCAACGAGUCGACCGCCCUCACAACCACUCAGUAUCAGGGAGCUGCUUCGAUCGGAUCGGUCCUGUACCACCCCACAUUCGCUCGUCGCCACAUCCUCUCGGCCAAGAGCUUCACUCGUGAUGACUUGCACGCCCUCUUCUCGGUGGCUACCGAGAUGCGUGUGAUGGUCGAGCGACAGGGGUCUGUCGACUUGCUCCGUGGUCGUGUCUUGGCUACCCUCUUCUACGAGGAGUCGACACGCACUUCGUGCUCGUUCGAGGCCGCCAUGCUUCGUCUUGGUGGUCAGGUGGUCAAAGUUCAGCCUGACAAGUCGUCGAUGCAGAAGGGCGAGUCGAUCCCUGACACCAUCCGCACUCUUGGCUGCUACGCCGAUGCGGUUGUGAUGCGCCACCCUACUGCAGGCAGUGUGCACCUAGCUGCUAAGCACUCGCCUGUUCCCGUCAUCUCGGGUGGUGAGUCUUCGAUCGAGCACCCCACUCAGGCUUUGCUUGACAUCUUCGCCAUUCGUGAAGAGAUGGGUACCGUAGCUGGUCUCACCAUCACCAUGGUCGGCGACCUCAAGUACGGCCGCACCGUGCACAGCUUGGUUCAGCUGCUCUGUCUGUACGGUGUCACUGUCAACUACGUCAGCCCCGAGUCGCUCAAGAUGCCCGAAGAGGUCAAGCAGGCUGUUGCUCGCAAGGGCAUCAAGCAGUACGAGUCGACUGUGCUCUCGGAUGAUGUUCUUGCUCGUACUGAUGUGCUCUACGUCACUCGUGUUCAGAAGGAGCGCUUCCCCGACGCUGCUUCGUACGAAGCGGUCAAGGACAGCUACGUCGUCGACAACGCUACCUUGGCCAAGUGCAAGCCCAGCACCAUUGUCUUACACCCCUUGCCCAAGAACAACGAGUUGGCCGAGGACCUCGAAUACGACCCUCGUGCCGCUUGGUGGCGACAGGUCAAGUACGGUCUAUAUCUGCGCAUGGCUUUGCUCGCCAUGGUCCUGCACCACCGUGCCUAA